UGCACGCUCGGUGCCGCCUCAGCCCCAGCCGGAGGUGGAAGAUGGCGGAGCCGGGGCCGGAUUGCAGCUCUCUGCUCGACGAGGAUCUUUCCUCUUUCGUCUUCAGUUACCUCGCUGACAGCCAGUAUGAGGUGUCCGGCGAGGAGCACCUCUACUCCGACUUCCCUGAGAUUGAUUUGUCUCAGCUGGAUGCCAGCGACUUCGACUCGGCCGGCUGCUUCAGCGAGCUGCAGUGGUGCGGGGAGCACUCGGAGACCGACUCCAGCCAGUACAGCACCAACGACUCCGAGCUCUUCCAGAUAAUAGACAGCGAGAACGAAGCACUGCUGGCAGCCCUCACCGAGACAUUGGAUGAUAUACAGGGAGAUGACAUGGGCCUGGCUGCCUUCCGAACUAUGGAAGAGGGGGACACGCUCAACCAUGCCUACACCUCGCCUGCCCCCUCCCCCAAAUCCACCGCCCCGGUCACGGGGGGGCCACCCCCGGCCCCCGAGUUUGAUGAGCUGUCUCUACUGAAGAAGUUGCUCCUCUCUCCAUCGCACGUGCCUCCGAGCUGUGAGACUCAGCGGGACGGCAGCGCCCGGCGCCCGGGGACCCCUAAGUCCCGACCUGCGCGGCCCUGCACAAAGGUGGAGGGUCCCCGGGACAGGAGGGCGAGCGUCCCGCAGGCACAGAGCCGCAGCUGCACCGAGCUGCACCGGCACCUCACCUCCACUGCCCCCUGCCCCCAGACCAAAGCCCCCCGGGCACCUGAGGAGUGCCCCAGCGGCCACCACCACCCAUCCCCGGGCAACUGUGCCCAUCACGAGGAUGACAGUGACUCCAGCGAGGACUCGCUGAGCUCUGGCGGCUCGGCGGCCCCCCCGUCCUCGGCGGAGGAUGGCUCCGGCAGCCAGUUCUCCUGCGAGGGGGAGAUGCACUCGGUGGUGGAGCUCAUCCGCUACAUGCACACCUACUGCCUGCCGCCACGGAAGCUGCCCACCCACGAUGCCACUGACACCAAGCCCCAGCCCUGCAGCAGCCCCUUCAAGAAAGCCAAACCAGACUGUCCCACGCAGCCGGUCCCCCCUGGCAGCGCCCAGAGCCGGCCGGGCUGCGCCUGGCAGGCAGCUGGGGGUUGCAAGAAGCCCGGAGCAUCCUUCUCUAUCCUGAAGGAGCUGCUGGCACGGGACCUGCUGUGUGACGUGAGCAAGCCAUACCGCCUGAGCAAGCCUGUGUAUGCCACCCUGGCCCGGCCACCCGGCUCCCACUCCCCUGUGCCACCAGCCCAGGAUGGGGAGGAUGCUGGUGGGACCUGCACAUCCAGAGCCAAAAUGGCACCAGAGAGGGGUGAGCCGCGGCAGAGCCCUGGGGCCGAGGCAGAGGCACCGCGGGAGCCGGGUAGCCUUGAGGACGAUGCCGGGAAGCGUGCGGGCACCCCAGGCGCAGCGGCGGGGAAGGUGGCCCGCAAGCAGGAGAGCACCGUUUACGCUGUCCGUCGGUCCAAGAGACUAAACCCCGAGCUCGGCCACUGGCUCUCCUUCCUUGACGAGCCGCCCCCUGAGCCCUCCAUGCCCCGGGAGGCAGGGGACAGCCACGGCACCCCGGACACCCUGGGCUCCAGAGAGCCCCCACUGUGCCCAGCGCUGGAGGGCUUCUCUGCCGAAGAGCCUGCGGCCGAAGUGGAGGUGGGGGAUACAGCACCACUGGCAGAGCCCCAGCCCCUCUCCCUGGGCUCCCCGGCGGAUGGUGAAGUGGGCAACGGGGCUGAGAGCCAGCGCUGCGCCCUCCUGGAGCAAGCAGAAACACCCAGGUGUCUCACGCUGUCCUUGGCACAAACUGAUUCAACCUUUGGGAAGAGAAACUUCGAGCCGAUGCUGACCGUGGAGCUGUGUGGGACAGCAGGUCUCACGCCGCCCACCACUCCGCCGUAUAAGCCUGCCGAGGAGGACCUGUACAAACCAGACAUCCCCCAGGAGCCAGGGAAGGAGGAUGGGACAGCUCCCAGCCCCGGGGGCGCAGGGGAUGCAGCAGCCUCCCAGAAAGCCCCCAGGAAGCACCCGGAGAGGACAGAGCUCUUCGCCCACCUGAGCCGAGCGGCCGGGCGCCCCGCGCUCCCCGAGCAGCAGGGCGUGCUCAAGCGGCCCUUCUCCCGCUCCUUCGGGGACCACGACUACUGCCAGGUGCUGAAACCCGAGGCUGCCCUCCAGAGGAAGGUGCUCAAGUCCUGGGAGCCCCUGGGCCAGGUGGAGACCGAGCACAAGAGGAGGGUCCCGGCUGCCCACUACCAGGGGCUGGACCUCGGCGGCAAGGAGGCGGGCGGUGAGAUGCUGUGGAAGGAUGGCGUCAAGCAGCUGAGAGACCAGGAGAUCAGAGCCAGCUUAACAAAGCACUUUGGCUUUCUGGACAGUGCUCUUGAUGACGAGGACAUGGUCUUCUGCAAGACCCCUGAGUACGACACCGUCUUUGAAGACAGCUGCAGCGAGAGCAGCUCCCCUGUGGAGGAGGAGGAAGAGGAGGAAGAGGAGGAGGAGGAGCAUGGUGACACCAAGCUGUGCCUGCGGAGAAACCCCCUUUCCAGGACCAGUUUGCAUUUCUGUUCCCGGAGCAGGUCCAGCUCAGGGUCUUCGUGCUGCCGGUCCCGAUCGCCCGCAAGCAGACGCACCUUCAGGUGUGAGAACGGCGAGCAAUGUCAGGGUGGGAGCGGGCACCGGGGCCAGAUGGAGAAGAGACGGGAAAAGGCCAUGGGGGAAGGCAGGGUGGUGUAUAUCAGAAACCUCUCCAGCAGCAUGAGCUCCAGUGAACUGAAGAAACGUUUCGAAGUGUUUGGUGAAAUCGUGGAGUGCCAGGUCCUGUCCAGGACUAACAGGGGGGAUAAAUACGGCUUCAUCACCUACCGGUAUUCAGAGCAUGCCGCCUUAUCUCUGAAGAACGGCACCUCGCUAAGGAAGAGGAAUGAACCUUCGUUCCAGCUCAGCUCUGGUGGCCUCGGGCACUUCUUCUGGACCAGAUAUGCUGACUUGGAUUGCAACGCGGAGGAGUCCUCCCCAGCUCCAGUGAAAAGCAAGUACGAGACCAUGGAUUUCGACAGCUUGCUGCAGGAGGCCCAGCUAAGCCUGCAUCGGUAACAGCCUUAACCUUGGAGGAAUACCUCAAUACCUCAGUCAAGGCACUUCCAAUAUGUUUACGUUUUCAAAGAAAUUAUUCAGUCUAUGGAAAGCGAGAGAGAGCGAGAGAGAGCGAGAGCACGCACGCGCGAGAGAGAGACUGCUGUCCCUUCCGAUCGAUGUUUACAUUGAACAAAGCUGCUUCUGUCUGUGAGUCCCCAUGGUGUUGAUGUCUCACUGCCACACGUUAGUCCCCCUGCUUCUGACUGGUUGUUUUAGGGUGAGCCUAGGAGCCCUCCGGCCCCUCUCCCCCCUCCCAGACCCCCUCCGUGCUCCCGCCGCGGAGUUGCAGCUGUGUUCACCAUAACAUUUUUUUGUCCGUAGUGUGUGAUGAUGAAAUUGUUAAUUGUGAAUAGAAUCAGGAUUAUAAACUAAUUUUUAAUAGAAGAAGAAGAGAAAAAAAAAAAGUAUAUACUUAAAAAAUGUAUUUAUGGCUCAGAUGUACUGUAAUUCAGAUUUAUUGUACCGCUUCCUUGAUUUUUAACUAUGCACUGUAAUGAGGCACUUGCCACUCAGCAAAUGGGGGGUCAGAGCAGAGUCACGGAGCCAGCGUUCACCCGCCAGCUGCAGAGGCACCCACCUCCCCCGCCGGCAAACCAGGGUGCUCGGCGGCCGCGUCAGGGUCGCCCGCUUUGCUAUCAAAGCCAUUCUUCUUGCUCGCAUGGCCCAAGCCCCCCAGCCCCCGGCCCGGCUGGUCACAGCACCCGGAUGCUGAGCUCGGUCCUGGUGCGUGCUGGAGCCGGCGGGCAGUGGGACACGGCAGCCCCGUGCCAUCGUCACCAUGGGGCCAGGCAGCUAUGCAGGCGUGAAGGAGAGGGGUGGUAGAAGGGGGCACUACCUGGGGGGCUGCAGGACCGGUGCCUGCCAGCCAGCGCUGCUCCAGCCCUCUGCUGCCUUUGGAGCCAGGAGAGAGGGGCUGGGGGGCCAGAGCUGGCUGGGUUUGACCCGGUGGGUCCUGCCGGCACAGCCUGGGGAACGGGCUCCUCCGGGUCCAUGCAAGAGAGCUGGCUUCUCUCCGGCUCCUCGGGCAGCUGGGAGACUGGCCGGGCCGAGCGGCUUGCUCCCCACUCGCUUCCACCCCCUGCAAAGCAAACGGAGUGAGAAGACCCGUUUGUGAUCCCCACCUGGCCGCCAGCCCAAAAUGUAGAGGGGCGGGGAGGUGGGAGGGGGCACGGCAGCGUGCCAAAUGCCUGUCCCACCCAACACCUUGCCCACUCUCUGCCCCGGUACCUGAUAAGCCAUACACUUCCCCAGCACCCAGUUGGCACCCAGGAUCUGUCCCCCAUGCCCACCAGCACCCCACGGCACGCUUGCCUGCUCUGCCUCUGGCCAGGGGCCCUCAGGGCUGCCCGGCAGCACUGGACUUAAGGCAUGCUCAAGCAGCAACCCCCCUGAAAUUUGCUUGCAAACUUGCCCUCCACCUCCAAGUGAGGUGGGAGAGAGAAAGAGCCCACCAUCGGCUGGAGCAAACCCCACCAUGAGCCGGCCAGAGGCACUGUUUUACUGAGGGAGCAGGAAUCUUGCUGCUUCUCAAGCCAUCACCCUUGUCUCCACUUAUUUUUCAGACCCAGAGACCACUAGGGAUUCAGCCAUCCUAUGUAGAUAGAAUAUUAUAGCCUUAAUUCUGCCAAUAGAUAGAUUAGAGUCUCCUGGGAUCUCCCCUCAACAUGACUUAGGGGUUUUAUUCUCAUUUCCCCGGCGUGGGUACUAUUUUGUCUUGCAGGGAGUAUGACCGAAGCCUCUGAAACUGCAUGAGAUGCGAUGCCGAGAGCCUGAGCCCUGCCACGGUGGCCCUUGGCUCCAGGGCCGUGUGUGCAGCCGGUCUCUGCUGGCAGCGCCGAUACCAGCACGGUUACCUGGCUAUUCCUCCCUGCUUUCGGGGCAGCUGUGGCUCUGACGACAACCAGCACAAGGGCCCACAGGCCACUGUGGGGUUUGAACUGCGGGUCCCCAAUCUGCCGCUGGUGACGGUCACUGUCAGGGAACAGUCCUUGUGCCAUUUCAGUCUCAGCAGAAAGGUUCAGCAUCUCUCCUGCCACAAGCUCCCCCUGCUUGUCAUCCCACCUUAGCAAACACGAGUAGCUCUGGCCGAGACUGAGCAUCUGCUAUUGGCAAUUGCCUCAUUGUAGCUUUGCCUUUUUCUGUCCUAGUAUUUCCUCACAAUGAUGAUGUUUACAUGUGAUUGCUAUAGAGCUUAUGUAGAAUGUAUAUAGCGACACAUUUAGGGUGGGUAGUACUGUCCUGUGCUGUGCUGAUGUUUUUCAGAAAAUGAUCAAUCCAAAAAACAAACAAACAAAAAAAAAGCAAAGUAAGUGGAAUUCUUCCAUCUCCCACUCAGCCGAGGGCACCGAGCCCCCGCGGCCGGGCCCUGCUGAGGAUGCAUCAAGCGUGGUGGAGGGGAAGGGUUAGUGCAGAGCUGGAGGGGGGCUCCAGAGCUGGGGGGGAGCCCUCUCCUGGGGGAUCACUCAGUCGCUUCCCAAGCAUUGGUUUUGGUGUACCCAGAUAAAAAAUUUCGCAUUGUUUUCCUGCAGCUGGGUGCCCCGGGUUGGCCCGCAGCCCCUGCCCGUGCCCUUGCAUCGAGGCUGGUGCUCGGGAAGGGGAGGGCUCGUCCUGCACAGAGCUGAUCAGUACUGCACCCGUAGGGUAGGAGGAGAUGCAAUAAGUGGUCUUCGUGGUGCCU